AUGAAAAAUACUGCAGAAAAAACAAAGCGUGGUCAUCUACCAAAAUCUUCAAAAUCCCAAGAAAUAGUUGCUAAAUCUUCUUUGAAGAUUCAAGCAAAAGUUUCAAAACCUUCGUCUAAAGCAAAACCUUUAUCAAAAGUAUUAAAAGCAUCUAAAUCUUCCUCAAAAA